GCAAGCUCUGUAACAAAAACAGCAGACUUGGGAGGGUUUGCUGUACAAACUACCAAGAACACGCACCAGACCGACCUUCACACAUAGGGAUUAAGGAUGGCAACUUUCGAAAUGAAGAGCAUUCUGAAGGUGUCGAAGCUGAAGUUGGAGAGCUCUACCCAGAGUCACUCCAUCGGGGCGGUGCGAUGGAACCUUCCUGAAGAAGACCUCCAGGCCCACAGCUCAGCCCCUACCAGCCCCUCCAAGAGCUGCGCCCCCUCCACAUGCCGCUUACGGCAACAUCGUCGUCAAAACGGCCUGAAGAACCUGCGCAGCCUGCAGGAGUGUGUCCGCUUCAUCAACCACUGGAAGGAGCAGGUGGCCCAAGUCUGUAAGAGUGGCAGUGAUGCAAGGGAAGGCACCAGUAAAGGAGAGACCUCUGAGGAACUGAAAGACCCAAGAACAGAACGCAGUCUGGAGGAGAGCAGGAAACUCAUUCUCCUGUGGGCCAAUGAGCUCACAAGUGUCGACAAGGAGUUGAUGAAAAGCCCCUGGGUGCAGGAGAGAAGUGAGAAGGUGGAGGAGGAGGAAGAAAACAGGGAUGGAGAGGAGGAUCCUAACGAGGAAGUGCAGCAGAGGAUCAUGGAAUGGGCCAAGGAGCUGCAGAGCGCCUCAGAGAGCUGUGGGGUGCAAAGCGAUGAGCUCGGCAAGGUUCUGCGUCUGCUGGGCCUGAGGAAGAAGAGACUGGUCAACCUCCUGCCCUUACUGGAGUUCAUUACCUGGUCACUGCUAAAGGAGGACUGCAAGGGUGUUAUUGCUCAUCUGUGGCUGUCAGCCAAGCAGCGCACCUGGAAGGCAGGCACUGCAAGAUACAUCCCUAACUCGGUGUGGAACUGGAUGGUCAGUGCAUCAGCUGACGUGACCCUUGACCCCAUGACCAACCACUCAUGGCUUCAGCUCUCCGACGACCACCGAAAGGUCCAGGAGGGCAUAUCCGAGUCCAACCUGCCCUUUAGUCCCCAGCGCUUUGACGCCUGGCCUGGCGUGUUGGGCUGGGAGGGAUACGCCUCUGGACGCCACUACUGGGAGGUCGAUAUAGCCAACAACGGCUACUGGCGGGUGGGCCUGACCACGGCGGGCGCCAAACGCCACGGCCGCUUCCCCAUGAGCCCCCAGAUGGGCUAUUGGACCCUGUGGCGCAGCACCCACCAAUUCUAUGCCUGCACCAAGCCUGAGACGCCUCUGCCCCUGGGUCUGGUGGCCCGCCGGAUGGGGAUCUAUCUAGACUAUGAGGAAGGACAGAUUUCCUUCUACAACGCGGAGACCAAGUCACACAUCUAUACAUUUACAGACACCUUCAAGGAGAAGCUGUACCCGGUGUUUUCCCCACUGGACGGGCGCACACUCAUCACCGUCAUCUCGCCGCAUAAGGUCUCUACGUUUUGAAGACAUCAGGUUCCUUUGGUUUGUAGGUUCUCCCCAAACAUCAGCUCUGUUAGCUUAUUUUCCUUUGACUUUCAAUCACUGUCUGAUUUGGACAUGGAAAACCAGGUGUGUGUGUGUGUGUGUGUGUGUGUGUGUGUGUGUGUGUGUGUGUGUGUGUGUGUGUGUGUGUGUGAUGAGCAGCUUGCUCCAGUGACAUUCUGUCCGAACUGCACCGUCUGCAGAAACUUACUUCAACAACUUUCUCCCUCAAGGGUUUUCUCCUAAAUUAUUACUUUCCCUCCUCUCUCUCUCUCGCUCUCUCUCACUCACUCUCUCUCAGUCAGCAUCAAACUAACUGCCCGGCCAAUCAAUAACAUGAAUUAAUCAAGGAAGUGCCAAGAAGAAGAGAAAACAAUAGGAGAAGCAGUUGACACUGACCAUCACAGACUUGGGUUGCGCAUGGGCCCCAUUCCCACAUCAAUCCCUAGCCUUGGCCUAGACAAUUCUGGACGGCCCCUUAUAGAUCUGAAAUAACUGAAUGGAUAGAAUCAAAAAGGAAGGAACUUCACACUCUAAUAAAAAGUGUCUGUUAACACGCACAUUUGACAAGUUAGAUUUAAACAUCAAAUGUUUGAACAGCCCCACAUUUUUAUAACCUUUUUGUAAAAUACUGUAUGUAUAUAAAUUGCAUUAUGACACUAAAGCAGCUAGCUAAAUGGAAGAUUGAAAAUGUACAAUGAGGAGAACUAGUUAUUUUAAAUCCAGUGGUGUGAAGUACUUAAGUAAAUAUACUUUAAAGUACUACUUAAGUUGUUUUUGGGGUAUCUGUACUUUACUUUGCUAUUUAUUUUUUUGACAUUUACUUUUACUUCACUACGUUCAUAAAUAAAAUACUAUACUUUUUA